AUGUCAGCCUCUGGCAUCGAAGCGCAGGACGACUUCAUUCCUCUUUCAGACACUACCACUGCCCCUGCCACCAAAUCGCCAGCCAAGGGUAAGGGCAAGCGAUCAGCUCCGGCGGCCGCGUCGGCAAAUGCUGCCAAGAAGAAGGCCGCAUCCAAGACGGCUGAGAAUGGCAACAAGAAGAGGAAGAGGGACCAGGUGAAGAAGGAAGUGAAAGAGAAGCCACCCGUAGAGAUUGUGCCGCCGGAAGAUGAGCAAGAGGAGAUUAAGGAGCUCAUCGAAGAUGAAAAUGGCGAGGUGAAGCUGGUGCCCCUGGAAGAGGUGAAGAAGAACAAGAAGCGCCGAAAGACCACCUCGGCUGACACCGGAGAGAAUGCUGAGGGCGAGAACGGCGAAAAUGGCGAUGCCACGGCCAAGAAGAAGAACAAGAAAAAGGGCAAAAAAGACCAGAUGGAGGAGGAGGAGGAAGAAGAAGGACCCAAGAAGCGAUACAUCCUCUUCCUUGGCAACCUCUCGUACGAGGCCACCAAAGAGAGCAUCACCGAACACUUCCGUGCCCUGGCAGACAACAUUGUGGACGUGCGCCUGCUGACAAAGAAGGGAACCAACGAGCCUCGUGGCUGUGCCUUCCUCGAGGUGCAGGACUUCUUCGCCUUGCAGAAAGCGUUGAAGAUGCACCACACCAACAUGGACGGCAGACAGAUCAACGUGGAACUCACUGCCGGAGGCGGAGGUAACAGCGCCGCUCGCAGGGAAAAGAUCGACAGCAAGCGAGAUAAACUUCAAAAGCAGAGGGAGAAGCAUUUCAAGCAGAAGGUCAUCCAAAAGAAGCAGGAGAGCGCCGAAUACGCGGCGCAGACUUAUGGCACUGCCUACCAAGGCGGCGGUGGUGAUCGCGAAGACGGCGGCGGCUUCCGAGGCGGUCGCGGCGGUGACGACCGCGAAGACGGUGGCGGAUUCCGAGGCGGCCGUGGCGGCGGCUUCCGCGGCGGUCGUGGCGGCGGAUUCCGAGGCGGUCGCGGCGGAGGCGGCUUCCGCGGUGGUCGUGGAGGCGGUGGCGGAUUCCGGGGCGGACGCGGCGGUGGCCGAGGUGGUGGAUUCCGAGGACGCGAUUGA